AUGUCGCUGCCCCCACUAUAUACCUGCGCCCGUAUAUUUGAAGACUCUGUUGAUCUUUUGGGCUCUUCAUUGGCGUCACUAGAAAGAGCUACUCGUGAUACCCCCAGACUCAAACAGGUGCUAGACACACAGAAGGUGUUUGGGUUGGUGCCUGAACGAGAUAUCCAGAAUGCCCAGGCUAGACUCAAGAGCGAAACGCACCCUCAGAUCACGUACUUGCUAGAAAAGCUAGAGAAGGAAGUGGCCAGGUUGAGGAGGAAGAAAGCGUCCCUCGAGAGUGACUUCAAUCUACGCAAGGUCCGUUUGGAAUCGGUGCUAAGGAAGGAUUCUGUGGAGAGUCUAGAACAAGAGGCUAAGUAUGAGAGGUUGAGAAUGUUCAGGACAAAGAGAGACCGUCUUAAGUAUAGUUUGUCUCGUCAAAGACUUCAAAAGUAUAGACAAAUUCCGCUGCUUCCCCCGCCAGACCAAUCCUAG